AUGGCCGGCAAUACACAUCCAUUGAAUAAACUUGCAAUAGCUCCUUCUGCGACUAGUGAUGGGGCGCAAGGUCACGAAGAUCAAUAUGUACAUAGCGUCUAUGACCAGAUAGCGCCUCAUUUUUCACAGACCCGAUAUAAACCUUGGCCAGUCAUAGCCAAAUUCCUGGAAUCAGUACCCACUGGUGCGAUAGGGCUAGAUGCAGGGACAGGAAACGGCAAGUAUCUCCCUCUUUCGGAAGGGAGAUACUUGACAAUGGGGGUCGAUCGGAGCAUGGGGUUGCUCAAAUUUGCCCAGCACGCUGGAGAGUCCACCAUCUCCAGGGAUGUAAUUCUAGGAGACGUUAGGGAUUCGAUAUGGAGACAAGGCGUCUUCGAUUUUGCGAUAUCUAUCGCUACCAUCCAUCAUUUGGCUACACCUGAAAGGAGAGUCGAUGCCAUAAUGUCGAUUCUAGCUAGCCUCGCCCCUGGCGGCAAAGCACUAAUUUAUGUCUGGGCGGUAGAGCAGGAUGAAUUGUCCAAAAGGGUUGUUCCUGAUAUAAUUGAAGGCAAUGUGUCAUUUGCCAAAGCCCAGGAUGUCCUCAUACCCUGGGUCAUGCAACAGGAGCAGAAAUCAAAAUCCAAAGUCAAUGCGAGAAGAAUUAGAAAGGGGGAUCAUAAACAGGAAGAAGUUCAGCCCAACUCGCCUCCGCCUCAACCAUCGUCAACGCAUACCAACACGCCUGUGUUCCAGAGAUACUAUCACCUUUUUGUUGCUGGAGAAUUGACUGAACUUGCAAAAUUAGCAGCCGCGAGACUCAAUCUUGCUAUUGGACCCAUGCCUGUCGAUACACAUGCAGGUAGACAUCAGCAGGGUGUUUGCAUCUCACCCGAAGGGUGGGAGCGAUCAAAUUUAUACGUAGAGUUAACCAGGUGGCUGAAUUAA